AUGAAAUGUGUUUUCUUAGGAUAUUCUGAUGGUGUUAAAGGUUAUAGAUUGUGGCUUAGAAGCGUACCCGGCUUUAAGGUCGUGAUAAGUCGAGAUGUUGUCUUUAAUGAAUCUGAAAUGCCAUGUUUAAUUGCUCCUUUGCCUGCUCCUUUAACUGAUGAAUCUGAAAAUGCUCCAAAUGCGGUGGAGCAAUUGAGUGGUUUAAGUGAGUUUGAUAAUUUUGAAAAUAUGCAUGCUGAAACUAAAACCGAACGUGCUGUGUUUGAUAAUCGACAUGCUGAAAUUGCUGAAAAUGAACCUAUAAAUGCUGAAACUGAAAAUCAGCAAUCUGAAAAUUUUGAAAAUGUCGAUGUGCAUGAUGAAUAUGUGGAAAAUGUGCCUGAAAAUGAUGUUGAUUUGCAUGAUUAUCAACUUGCUAGAGAUAGGACUAGAAGGGAGCGUAAGAAACCUUCUAAGUUUGAUGAUUUUCACAUGACUUCAUAUGCUUUUGGUGUUUUCGAAUCUAUUGAUAAUUGUGAGCCUAAGUGUUAUGACGAAGCCUUAAAAUCUGUGAAUUCUUUGCAAUGGAUGAAUGCUAUGCGUGAAGAAAUUAAUUCGUUGCAUGUAGUGUACUAUGUGUUUGCUGCCUGUUUUGAUACUUGUUCUAACUUCGUGAAAGUGCAGGUGUCGUCGUUAAGCGAUGAUGAAAGUCCUCCGGCACCUCAAGCCGAGAUGCGCCACCUUGUUCUUUGCAUGCGCGGCACUUGGUGCUCGGCCAACCUCAAGUUUUCCCUCGUUUUCUCCGUGCAAUAA